AUGUCGCAGAACCAAGCUACUCACAGUGGAAAUAGAUCCGAUACCACCAUUCACACUGCCUGUACAGAAGGGAAAAUAGACAUUCCACCUGAAGCCAUGUCGCAGAACCAAGCUACUCACAGUGGAAAUAGAUCCGAUACCACCAUUCACACUUCCUGUACAGAAGGGAAAAUAGACAUUCCACCUGAAGCCAUGUCGCAGAACCAAGCUACUCACAGUGGAAAUAGAUCCGAUACCACCAUUCACACUUCCUGUACAGAAGGGAAAACAGACAUUCCACCUGAAGCCAUGUCGCAGAACCAAGCUCCUCACAGUGGAAAUAGAUCCGAUACCACCAUUCACACUUCCUGUAAAGAAGAGAUGAUGGACCAUGCACAUGAGGCAUUGUCACGGAAUGAAGCUGACAUAAACGUCAUGGGAAAUGGCGGAAUGACACCUCUGAUGGAAGCGGCUGCAGCUGGUAAUUUGGCUGGUCUGAUAUCGCUUCUGUACACUGGAGGUGAUGUAUCCCUUAGUGAUGCGGAUGGAAACGACACCCUUCAUUAUGCCUGCAUCGGAGGCAACGUGGAUGUGGUGAAGCGAGUCCUCAUCCAGGAUCCAGUGGAAUUCAACAAGAGAGGCAAAUGGGGAAGAACACCAAUCAUGUUAGCGGCCCAAAAAGGACACGAACAUAUAUUUAACCUGCUCAAGGGAAAAUGUGAUCUGACACUAGUUAGUGAUCACGGAGACAACAUCCUUCAUCUGGCCUGUUUAGGUGGAAGUGUAGCAAUUACACGAUAUAUCCUCUCAAAAGACAUUGCCGACAUUAAUGGACGAGGAAGGUACGAGAGGACACCCCUGAUGAAAGCAGCAUGGGGAGGAAACGUGGAAGUGUUUAAAGAAAUAAGCAGAAGAGGAGGAGACGAGUCUCUGGUUGAUGACCAUGGUUCAAACGUCCUGCACAUUGCCUGUCACAGAGAUAAUGUGACAAUGGUGAAGUAUCUCAUCUCAGAAAACAUCGCUGGCAUCAACAGUAGAGGCAGAAUGGGACGGACACCGGUGAUGCUUGCAGCAGCAAAUGGUCAAAAGAAAGUGUUCCGUUUACUUGUGGACGAAGGAGUAGAUUUACUGCUCCUGGAUGAUAAUCAUGAAAAUAUUCUACACAUGGCAUGUCUUGGAGGUAACGAGGACAUCUUGAAGUAUAUGAUCUUUGGCACUAUGAAGAAUAUCCUCUCACAAGGGAAUAUCAGUGUCCACAGCAGAGGGAUGAAGAAGAGGACCUCAUUGAUGGCUGCUGCAGAAGGUGGUCACAUAGGGACGUUUGACCUUCUUGUUGCCAAAGGCGCGAAUUUGUCCGCACAGGACAAGUUGGGGAACAACAUUUUCACGCAGCAUGCCUUGGGGGAAAUGAAAGUAUGGUAA